AUGAGUGGGUCUCGUCACGAUUGCAUGUAUUUCGCGACAAUUUGUGAUUUUGGUGGAUAGAAAAAUAUUGUAAAAAAAUACAUUUUUUUCGUGUUUUUUUGCAAAUGAAUAGAUGCAUAAUCGUCCGGGAGAAAUACACAAGCUUCUUCGCGCUGCGAGACCUGUUUCCUUGAAAAAUCCAUGUUCCUUUAAUUAUUUUUGUUGAAAAAUCGUCACGAGACCCAAAAAAUUCCCCCGAAAACCCGAAUUUUUGCAGCUGGCACUACGAUGGUCGCCAAUUAUUAACCGGAAAUGUCGAUGGAUCGAUUUGUGUCUACAAUAUUCGCAAAACUUCGGAAUACGUUCAACGAAAUACACCACAUGGUGUCGGACCGUGCAGGUAGGUCGAAAAACACCGAUUUUUCAAAGAAAAUCAAGUUUUUCACCUUUUUUUUCGACGAAAACAACAAAAAGUACACCAUAAUUUGUCAUUCAACAGCAAAAAAAAAACACUUUUUGGGGAAAAAAAUGAAAACUUGUUGAAAAAUAGAUUUUUAAGGGGUAAAAAUACCUGAAAAAUCCAAUUUUUCUACUCAAAAUAUCUGAAAAUCCCGAAUUUCAGACCAAUUCACUACAUCGAAUGGAAGCACAUUGGAGAGCAAGAUCAAGUCAUUGUAUUUUCUGGCGGUAUGCCAACCGAUGACGGACUGCCCGUUCCGGCUUUGACGAUUUUGCGAGGCGGAAAAUCGGCAACGGUUUUGGAGAUGGAUCAUCCGAUUAUUGCGUUUCAAACGUUGCCGCAGGUGAGAUAUCGUGGCGAGACCCAGAGAAUGUUUAAAGGCGCAGCUGGUUUUUUUUAUUUAUAUUUUUGCGCGCGAAAGAAAUUAAAUUUAAAAAAUUAUUCUUCAAAUAAUUUAAAUUUCUCACGCGCGGGACCCAAAAUGUGCCUUUGAAAUGUAGAAACAAUUGAAUGUAUAUUUUUGCGCGCGAAAUUCAAAUUUUUAAAUCUCAAUUUUCGUAGCUUCAAAUUCAUCAAUUCACGAAAAAUCGAAAAAACAUCAAUUUUUCGAGUUUUUCAGCCAAAAAUGAUGAUAAAUCGAUAUUUUUCAAGCUUCUGGAGUAAUUUCUGAUCAAAGUUGACCCUGGAAUUCACUUUCCAGAAGGUUUUGCUGAUUUUUCGUGAUUAAUUUCGAAAAAAUUCCAAAAAUAAAGCAAAAUAGGGUUCUCAAAGCUUAUUUUAAUCAGAAAUUACUGCAGAAGCUUGAAAAAUAUGGAUUUGUCAUCAUUUUUGGCUGAAAAACUCGAAAAACUAAUGUUUUUUCGACAUUUUUUGACUUUUUGUGAAUUUCGAUGUUAAAAAAACAUUUUUUUCGUUCGUAAAUCAGCCCAAGUGCUAUUUUUCGCGGCGAGACCCAAAAUGUGCCUUUAAAAAGACGAAAGUUGAUUUUUAAAGGCGCAGCUUGGGAUUUUCAUACAUUUUUCUCAAAAUUCCCUCACAUUUUGCAGCUCGCCUACAAUUCGUGUCCCCAACAACCGCAUUCUGUCGCCGUGUUGCUCAAAAACGAUUUCAUGGUGCUGGAUCUUCAACAACAAGGUCAUCCAAUGAUCGAAUCGCCACACGCAAUGAAUAUUCAUGAGAGUCCCGUGACGUGUAUCCAAUAUUAUUCCGAUUGUCCGCUGGAUUUGAUCGGUGCACUGACUUUGGUUGGAACUAAGCAACGCAAAAAGGAUUAUAGUCAGAGGGUGGGUUUUAUUAUCGCAAUUCUCAUCGGUACCACGCGCUCCACCGAAAUAAACACGCAACGCAGACCGCGUCGCGCCACAACACACAAAAAAGGGAGGGAACGAUUCAAAUUCCCUCCCUUUUUGUGUGUGCUGUGGCGCGGCGCGGUAUGCGUUGCGUGUUUAUUUCGGUGGAGCGCGUGGUACCGAUGAGAUUUUCGAUAAUAUUAGAGCACAAAUUUGGACUAG